AUGAUAAGUAAUUAAUAUGAUGAACUUAUGAAUAGUGAAUUUGAUGUAAGAGAAUUCAUACUUAAGAAUUUUGUUUAAGCUAAUUUUGAGAUCAAUUAUAAAAAGAUAGAAUAAUCAAUGCCAUAAAUUGCUUAAAUAUAAUCAUAAACAUGUGAAGAUAUUGCUAGUUCUGUAGAUAAUAAUUUAGAAGAUUAUGUUGAAAUAAGUACAUAAUUAACAUCAUUGUAAUCUUAAUUGGAUAAUUUAACACUCUAAUUUAGCAAUAUAACUGAUAUUAUUGUAUUAACUUAAGAUAAUUUGUAAUAAAGAAUAUAUCAAAUUAAUGUCAUUGUUGAAAAUCUUAAAUUAAUAUAAAAUCUUCAAUAUAGUAUGAAAGAUUUAAGGAAAUUAAUUAAUAUAUUAGAGAGUGUAGAUUUAAGUAAAGGAAUGUCUAAUUAUAAUCUACUUGAAACUAGUGAAUUAAUUGUAAAAUCUAGAUAAUUAUACACUGAAUUAGAUAAAUCACCUCAUUGUAGAUAAUUAAUGUAGUAAUUUGAUUUAUUGUAAAUAAUUCAAUAGAAUUAAUGUUAAUUUUAAAAUUUAUUAGAAAAGGAAUUUGUGAAUUGUUUAUAAAAUUUUAAUUCAAUUAAAUUUGCUUGUAUUCUAAGAUCAUUUCAAAAAAUGUAAUUAAAUAAGACACCUGAGAAAUUACUUGUAUAAUUUUUAUUAAAACCAGCAUUUGAUUUAGCCUUUUCUAAAUUAAAUAAAAAUUUAUUAACAAAAGAUACAUCAAAUUUAGAGUAGUUUUUGUAAUCAGUAUUAUAAAUAUAUGAAAAUAAUAUAGAAAUAGCUAAAGUAGAAACUGAAACAUUUUCAUUUAAAAAUAUAUUAGUAGAAUUACUCUAUAUAUAUUUAUCUACUAAAGAAUGUGUUAAUAUAUAUUCUUUAGGUGUUUUAGAUUUAUUUUAAUAAAAUUAUUAGAAUAUUUAAAAUGUGAAAUAAACUCUUAAAGUAAAUUUUGAGAAGGGAUCAGAAGUUGAAAAAAAGUUUAUGGAGAAAUGGAAUUUAUAAACAUAUUUUUCAAUGAGAUAAGCAGAAAUUAUUAAAAAAUUAGAAUAAGAACUUUAAAAUUAAUUAACUAAUAAUGAAUACAAUUUUCAUUUAGUUUUAUAAAAUAUUAUAGAGAAUUGUUUUUCUUAAAAAGUUUAUAUUUCCUUAUUAAAAUAGAAAUUUAAUACAUUAGCUAUAUAAAUUAUAACAAGAUUUUGCAAUUUCAUAAAAACAAAUAAGAAUUAAAUUUAAAUUGAAAAGAUUCCAUUUUUAAUAAAUAAUCUAUCAAAAAUAAAUUUAUCAUAAUUACAAUAAGACAUUAUAGUUUUAUAAUUAGAUAAAAUAAAAUUAGUAAUAUCAGAAUUAAUAGAUAUUGCAAUAGUAUAGAUAAAGAUAGAAUGUUAAUCAAAUUUAGAACCAUUUAGUGGUAUACCAGCUAAAUUUAGAAUGACAAAUAGAGAUAUGCCAAAUUAGCCUUCAAAUUUUUGUAUCAACAUUUUUAAACCACUUUAGAAUUAUUUAUUAAAAUUAGAUGAUGAUUCCAUAAAGAAAUUAACAUGUGAGAAAGUAUAAUGAUAUUAUAAAUUUAAGGUAUGUAAUACUACUUUAGAAAGAUUUUAAGUAAUUAAAAAAUAAGCACUUGAUACAUGUGAUAAAAAUGAAGAAUUAAUGGCUAAAAUGGGAGUAAAAAAAAAUGAUGCUUUAGAUAAUCAAAAAAUAAGAAUGUAAUUUUAAUUGGAUGAAGAAGAAAUAAAAAAUAUUAUGAUAACUAAAUUAUAUUAAUGA